AAUUCACCUCUUGUUUUUCAACAGUAUAGUGCCAUAAUGAAAAAACUCAUAUUUAAUUUGCUUUAUAUUAUCCAUUUAGUUGUCCAGGACUUGCGAUUUGUGGAUGGAAUUUGCAGUGGGAAAGACGGUCUAAAGUGUUGUUCUGGGUUUAAAUGGGAUCUUCACUUAGAGGCAUGUAUUGAAUGUGCAGCUGGAUAUUUUGGUAUAAAUUGCUCUCGAUCCUGUCCAUAUCCAACAUACGGUUAUAGAUGUAAACAACAAUGUGUGUGCAGUGAACAUCAGUGUAGUAAUACCUUCGGUUGCUCUCAACAAGAAAGGACAACAGCAACAUCGACAUAUUCAACGCGAGGCUUAAAAUCAGUUCGACAAAAGCAGAACACGGAUGUACCCUUGUAUUCCACAGACUGGGAUACAAUAUCCGUGAAACCAGUCAUGACUACGUCUGGUGAACUAAACAACAAUAAGAACGUUUGCAAUUGUUCUGUUGACCGAUAUAACAAUAUUGAAUAUGGAGUUGUAGAGAUUGGAAUAUUUGUCACUUCAGUUGUAUUUUCAAUUCUAUCAGUACUCACACUUAUGACGAAAAUUAACCGAUUGUUUAAACAACGCAAGUCAAACCCAGAAUCGUCAUCACUUCCAGUUAGUAGCGGUGAUCAUUAUCUAGAGUUGGAGGACUUAGAGGAAUCAAAAUAUUUACAUAAAUCAGAUCUUUCUAUACUUUUGAGGGAUGAAAAAAACGGAAUAAAAAUUUUGUUUAACAAGGAGAACGAUGCAUAUUUCCUAGAACUUCCCUCAAAAUAUUUCGAAAAGGAUUCGAGGAAUGCAGCUAACGUUAUUCGAAAUAAACAAAUGGAAUCUUCUCUUACGUCAAUGGAAUCCUCAUGUCAUUCGGUACGGGAAGAUGGGUAUGUGUCACCAAAACCGUGUCAUAAAACUCUAGGACGGGAAAGAAGUGAUAGCUGUGAUAAAACAGCAUGUGCACAUUGCGGAUGUUUCCAAGAUUUGCGUAGCACUGGAGAUGCGUAUCUGACAGUUACAAGGGAAACUAUGGGAUCUAUUGCAUAAUAUGUGUUUUUCCAUUUUUUAUUGAACUUAAGUUAAUAUUUCCUGUUUAGUCUAGACCUUGGAAGCCACACAUCAUGCAAUGUUUUUUCGCCACAUUGCCAACCAACCAAUUAAACUGAAGGAAACAGU